UGAGUCUCGGAGGAGUUUCUUUGUUGCCCCCCUCCACAUGUCUGGGGUAUUUAUAUGACUAACUGCCCCACACAGUCACCAGAACACCUUCAUCAUCCUCACUGACUGAUGAAGAACUGAAGAAUCAACUCUCCUCAGGAAUACCACAGGCUCCCGUGAGGUCCUUCAUCUCUCUCUCUCAUCAUCCUCUCUCUCUCUGAUCGUCAUGCCUCCUGAGCUGCAAGCACGGAAUCAGUCCGGCACUCACGUCCUCCAGGGAGAUUUAGCAUCUUUGAGUGCGUCUCUACGAGAGUUCAUCGAGAGCAGCGCGAAUCUGUGUCAGCCUGACGCCUUGCACAUCUGUGACGGCUCGGACGAGGAGAACCGGACCAUUCUCACCCUCUUACAAGAGCAGGGUGUCAUCAAGAAACUCGACAAGUACAAGAACUGCUGGUUGGCUCGCACUGAUCCCCGUGAUGUGGCACGAGUGGAGAGUAAGACUGUGAUCGUGACUCGCGAGCAGCGUGAUACAGUUCCAUCACCGCGAGGAGGCGGAGUCAGUCAGCUGGGCCGCUGGAUGUCACCGGAGGAGUUCGAUAAAGCCGCGAACCUCAGAUUCCCUGGAUGCAUGAAAGGUCGGAUCAUGUAUGUGAUUCCGUACAGUAUGGGUCCGGUCGGGUCUCCGCUGUCUAAGAUCGGAGUUGAACUCACCGACUCGCCGUAUGUGGUGGCCAGUAUGAGGAUCAUGACUCGAAUGGGUAAAGCCGCGUUGAGUGCUCUCGGGAACGGAGAGUUUGUGCGAUGUCUGCACUCUGUGGGCUGCCCACUUCCACUCAAGAAGCCGUUGGUGAAUAACUGGCCGUGUAAUCCGGAUCUCACGCUCAUCGCUCACAUUCCGGAUCAGAGGAAGAUCGUGUCGUUUGGAAGCGGAUACGGUGGAAACUCACUGCUGGGGAAGAAGUGUUUUGCUCUUCGAAUCGCCUCUCGCAUCGCUAAAGAGGAGGGCUGGCUCGCCGAACACAUGCUGAUUUUGGGCAUCACAGACCCCGCUGGACUGAAGAAGUAUUUUGCCGCUGCGUUUCCGAGCGCAUGUGGAAAGACGAAUCUCGCCAUGUUGAAUCCGUCUCUUCCCGGAUGGAAGGUGGAGUGUGUCGGAGACGACAUCGCUUGGAUGAAGUUCGACAAAGAAGGAAACCUCAGAGCCAUCAACCCAGAGAACGGAUUCUUCGGUGUGGCUCCAGGAACCUCCACCAAAACAAACCCAAACGCCAUGGAGACCAUCUGCCAGAACACCAUCUUCACCAACGUGGCCGAGACCAGCGAUGGGGGCGUUCACUGGGAGGGCAUGGACGAGAAACUGCCCAAGGGCGUGACCCUGACCUCCUGGAAGAACAAGCCGUGGACGCCUGACGACGGUGAACCGUGCGCUCAUCCUAACUCACGCUUCUGCACGCCGGCGGGUCAGUGCCCCAUCAUCGACCCACAGUGGGAGUCACCCGAGGGCGUCCCCAUCGAGGCCAUUAUUUUUGGGGGGCGUCGCCCGCAGGGGGUGCCGCUGGUGUAUGAGGCAUUCAGCUGGUCACAUGGUGUGUUUGUAGGCGCUGCAAUGAGGUCAGAGGCCACGGCUGCUGCUGAACACAAAGGCAAACUCAUCAUGCACGACCCGUUCGCCAUGCGUCCGUUCUUCGGCUAUAACUUCGGUCAGUAUCUCUCUCACUGGUUGAGUAUGGAACAGCGUCCGAACGCCAAACUGCCCAAGAUUUUCCAUGUCAACUGGUUCCGCAAGAGCUCGUCCGGACAGUUCCUCUGGCCCGGAUACGGCGAGAACAUCCGCGUGCUGGAGUGGAUGUUCCGCAGGAUAAGCGGCGAGGCCGCGGCGAUGCCCUCCGCGGUCGGGUACGUGCCCGCUAACGGUGCCCUGAACGUCAGCGGUCUGAGAGAAACCGUCGAUCUCCACGAGCUCUUCAACAUCUCCACAGAGUUCUGGACUCAAGAGGUGGAGGACAUCAGAGCGUACUUCAACCGUGAGAUUAAUGAUGAUCUGCCCAUAGAGAUGGAGAGACAGCUGGAGCUGCUGGAGCAGAGAGUGAGACAGCUGGAGCUGCUGGAGUAGAGAGUGAGACAGCUGGAGCUGCUGGAGCAGAGAGUGAGACAGCUGUGAGAAACACUUGAGACAAACAAGAGUUAAUGAAAAACUCUGCAGUGAUUUUAUUCACACGUCUUCUGAUUUGAGGCGUUAAAUUGACAGAUAUUAGAGAGAUCAUAUCUGUGAUGUCAUCUAUGCAGGAAAUCACAUUAUAAUGACGCAUGUUCACACUAACACGUUAUAAUAGAGACUUCAAACUGUUUUACUGAUUCAUGUGUGCAUCAGGAUUGCAGCUAUUUCAUUUUUCUAAAUGUCUUAAAUUAUUUUUGUAUUGCUAUGACUUUUGUGACUUAAUAUAAUAAAAGUUAUUUAAAGUAUUUCAGUUUUUCUGUCUGUAUCAAUGUUCGAGAGUAAAUUCAAUAAAAGUCACUAAUA